AUGGACCCGCCGGAGCUUGUUUCAGAGUCCAGCAGCACUCUUGAUGGAAGACCUCCUAGUGCGGGAGGGAACGAAGAGGGGAAUGAUGAUCCGAAUCGCAAGAAACCGGCAGUCCGGAAACGGACAAAAACCGGGUGCAUCACUUGCCGAAAGAGACGUAUUAAAUGCGACGAGGGCCGGCCAACCUGCGGGAAUUGUAUCAAAUCCAAACGCCGGUGUGAUGGCUACAAUCAGCGCGUUGUGUUCAAGGAACCCAUGGGUGCCUUUGGUGGCACGAUGGGAUACCCACCCGACUCUCCGGACCCUUUCCCAAAUCAACUUGCUUCCUCUCCGACUAGGUCAGGCGCUCCCGGUCAUAACUCUCAUCAAUUGAUAGCGCCGAAGCCAUCAUCUUCUGCCGAACUCCGUGGCCAGGCUUAUUAUGGUGUGGGUGUUGGGGGAUCUUCGGCGGCGCGUGCAGAAGAGUUCAACUUUAACGAGCCCUAUGUGCAUCACGGCAUAACUUCUACGCCAUCUGAGUUCUCUCCAUCAACACAAUUGCCACCCGGAGUCGACCAGUCUGUUGCCUUUCAAUGGAACCCGCGGAAUGUAGGUUCACGUACCUCAGGUUCUGCGCCUGCGGGGUCAAAUUCGAGGGGCAUGGCAUUAGCAUCUGGUGAUACGCGCGAAGGAAUUGACAGGGCAUACGACGCCGAUAUUAGAAUCGAUGAUGGCAGCGAGGACGAGGAUAUGUUCGAAUCCGACGACCAGGAAAUGGAGGAGGACAGUGGAGGCGAGUUUGAAAUGGAAAAUAUGGAUCCGCAGGAGAAGCUGAGGAAGAGGAGCACUUUUGGCGCACUUAUUGAUGGUCGCCUUGUCCCCCAUAACGAAAUCCACGAAACUCGGGUUCGAACCUUCUCAGCUUACGCCCAAGGCACCACCCUGUCUACAUACGCGCCGUCGGUCGGCCAUGUGCUCCCCACCGAUCCUCAAUCUAUUGCGAUAUUCCGGCACUUCAUCUUCGUUACUGGACCGAAACAACUGGUUCCUCAAGUCAACCAGAACAUCUGGACCUACACCUUCCCGAUGCUCUCUCUUAAUCACCCCGCUCUCCUCCAAGCCAUGCUGGCCCUCGGAGCUUUACAAAUUGCCAACUUGCAACGAAUGCCCCCAACCGCUGCGAUGAAGCACUAUCACCUCGCCCUCCGAAAAAUCGCCAAAUGCGUACGCAGCUCAACCCUAAGGGCUCACCCUGCCACGCUUGCUGCAACCCUACUCUUAGGGUACUUCGAGGUAUGGUCCUCCGACCACACAAAGUGGUGCAGGCAUCUAUACGGUGCUAGGAUCCUCUUCAGAGAUGUACCUUUCCUGCACAUGACCCGCACAAUUCUUCCUACCAAGCGAGCGAGGAGGCAAAAGUAUGAGGAGGAUCGCACGCAGGAUCCGUUCAACCCGUGGCUCGACUACAGUGAUGUUAAUGCCGGUGUGGCUGGUCUUGACGAGGUUGAUGUCGAAUUCCUUAGCGCGAUUACAGGCAGAGAGCUGAAUGACGAGGAUUACGGCUAUGGGUUCGACCUUGAUGCGCUUCCGCGGGCAGCCUUACCGACGGAUCGGGAUAUUGAGUACUACGAGCACUUGAGGGAUCUAUUUUGGUGGAAUUGUAAGAUGGAUGUUUACCAGAGUAUCUUGGGAGCAACGCGAUUAUUUAUGCGGCUCGAUGAGUGGCUCCCAUGUCCACCAAGAGCCCCGGUUGGGCGUCUUGAUGCUAUCUACGGAACCUUCGAUCACAUCCUGUUAUUAAUGGCCCGGCUCUCGGAAUUCGUGUCUAAUGACUUGCCACGGAAGAGGAAGGCAAACAAGCCCCCCGGCCCACCUGGGGCCUCUCCACCCAUGUUUCCCGGCAUGGUUCCUUCUAGAGGUAAGGUCGCAGCGCCGACCGGCUUCAGCACCCAUCGGGACCCAUCUCCACAGAGCGAAGGGGAUGAAGAUGGCGACCUUGAUGCGGCAACCCAAGCUGCGUUAGCAGAGUGGGAGGGAAUCCGGCAAGCGUUUGAAGUCUUCCGCUCAAGACUGGGACCUGAGUUCCAGCCCCUAGCCGACGAGUACUCAGACAGGAGAGACACGCCGUUCGGGCCAGCAAUACAGUAUCGGACCUAUUCCGUCGCCGGUAUUUGGAUGAACUUUAACAUGGGCCUCAUCUGCCUAUAUCGAGCCCACCCGUCAAUGCCCCCGGCGGCUAUGAUGGCAGCCGGAAGAGCGGCCCGAGAUACUGCACCCAUGGCGCGAGAUAUCGGGCGCAUUGCAGCGGGCCUCUCGGAUGAGAUAUCCAACAUUACGGAGAUUAGCACGUUGGUUGGCGCCGCCUUUAUCGAGAGCUCGUUCUGUCUGUUCGUGGCUGGCGUUCAGUACCAAGACAGUAACCAAAGACAUUGGCUCAUCCAUCGCCUCCACGACAUCUCCCGGCUCACGGGUUGGGCCUCCGCCCGGCAGAUCGCAGAGGGGUGCGAAGCUAGCUGGGUGCGCGCAGCACACAUGGGCUGCGGCCCGCCCUAUAUGCGGUCGGAGGAUCUCAUGACUGCAGCGCCGCGCACGGUGUGGUCCAAUCCAAGGAGGAUAGAUAAAAGGAUUCAGGAGCUUGCAGACGGCGGUGAGAUGGUACUGGCGAAGGUGGAUAGAGCGCAUCUCGCGCUAGGGUUGUUGGGUCUCGAUGGAGAUUUGGAUAGGUUGAAGAUCGUAGAUGAUGAUUAA